AUGGCACUGCCGCUCUUUCACCCGCCUGCUUUUAUGGCGCUUCUCGGCCAGCAAUACUCUGGGGACUUUGAUGGUGGUCCGGCUUGGUGGACGUCAUUCAACGCCAUUCUGGCACUUUCUCAAAGACGGCGCGUCGAGCAAGGCCUUUCUGAGGAUGCGGAGUUGGCUUGGGCCUACGCGGCAAACGCACUCGACACCGUUCUCGACAUCCUCAUGAGAGCCACGCAGCUCAUGUCGGUUCAAGCUCUGCUGGUACUAGCGUGGUUCUUUCUGGGAACGCCCAACCCGCAGCCCAGCUUCAUGCUGGUUGCCAACGCCAUUCGGCUUGCGCACACCAUUGGGCUACACAGAAAGGAAUGCAACGCGUCGUUGAGCCCUGUUGAAAAGGCAACAAGGGUCAAUGUCUUUUGGCUCGCGUUUUCUCUGGACCGCGAGCUGAGUCUCCGAACCGGCAGGCCUCCUGCGCAAGACUUUGGCGGCUUCGAGGUUGAUCUACCCGAUUCGCUCAUGCAGCAUGAAUUCAGCACCCAUGGUUCCUCACACACUCUGGUCAACGUUUUCAUCGCCUAUUCGCGCCUUGCUGUCAUUCAAGCCAAAAUUUACUCCAAGAUCUAUCUUAGAGAAGGGCUGAAUCCUGACGGUAUUUCAGAUGCCACGCAAGCACUCUACCAGGACUUGGCAGACUGGCGAGUCGAGUUUGCCGCGGCUUUGGACCUUGACGGUCAUCCUGAGCUGAUUGAGCACCCGUCCGUCCUCCGCUUGAACUAUACCUAUCAUCACUGUGUGAUUCUAGUUCAUCGAGCACAAAGCGAACAAGAUUGGAAGUCUUUGGUACGGCCCAAGCCCUCUGAUUCGUCUUCCUCCAGGGUCACAAUGUCUAUCCAAACGUCCGUGGAUGCUGCUAGGGCGAUUCUCAAGCUGGACUUACUCAUCCCAGAAAGCUGGCAGAGCCUGACGUGGGAUGUGAUUCCUAUCAGUGUGACUGCUAUUCUCAUUUUGUCUCAUUACUCUUUGCGUCGAUCCCGCACAAGUAACGCUGCCGAGAACCUCGCAUCAGUCUCAACGGCUCUGCAGCGCCUUGCAUUGCUUGAACGCUCACAGCCUGGUUCGUUUCUGACUCCCGUACGCGAGGUAUGUCAGGACGUGCACAGAGCUGCCCUGGCAGCCUUGGAUUCUUCCGACGACACUUUAUCAGUAUUCCAGACUUCAGCCUCUGAUCGACACCUUACUGCCUCCCACGUCACUCAAGCUCACCGAGAGAGCCCAUCAGAUGCUCUGCAAAACUCGUCUCGAGUGACAUUAUCCACUCUUUCUCCUGCAGUCGAAACGCACCACGAAACACUCUUGAACACGAACAACAACGGGAUCAAUGAAACAGGCUCUUUGCCAUGGGACCAGACAAUCCUCGACUCGUGGGGCGUUCCUUGGGGAUUUGAGCAUCUCUUGGGAGAUAAUUACUUUACGUUUCUCUAA